CCAAUAUACACUAGAGCAAUGGGCUCGUUCGUCACUUGUCGAUAGAGGCGCAAGCAAGCACAAGCCAUGGCGCACGUAAGCGACGAAAGCCAACCGGAAACGCACGAUUUUGUCGGAAAAAUGACAAACGAGAGAAGAAAGACUAAAAAGCCUCUGAUGGAAAAACUACGACGAGACAGAAUCAACAACAGCUUGAAUGAAAUGAAGCUACUUGUUCUGGAAUCGCUAAACAAGGAUGUGUCUAGAUAUUCUAAAAUGGAAAAAGCAGACAUACUUGAGAUGACAGUGAAAUUUCUAAAGGAAGUCAACCGCCAAGAUAGCGCAACGAAUGGUGCGCAGUCCUGGUCCGAUUACAAAGCAGGCUACAAUCGACGCGGCGUGGAAGUUAUGCCAAACAUAUCAACCACCAAUACCCCAACAGGGGACCUCACGGGAAAGUUUUACACUCAUCUCACAAGUUGUCAUGGCAACGGACAUGUUCAAACGCAUCCUACAGCAGCAUUCAUACUGAACAAUGUAGCCCCAUCACUCUCUGGGACCCCUGUUGGAAUAGCUACGGGGAAGAUUCCAACAGUCGUUUGGUUUCCACUUCCAUCGCCACCACAAUCUCCUUCGAACACCAAAGCACUUUUCUGCCCUUCAAUGCCCGUCCAACUGACACCAGAGAAAUCAGGACACGAUUGCCUAAAAAGGACAGAGUCGCCGGCUGUUGCGAGCAAAUUAUCGCUCCCUGGCUCGGUCACCCCCGCUAUGUGGAGGCCGUGGUGAUUGCAGAAUUUGCUGAACUUGUAAAUAGUUUGAAUUACUUCCUAAGCAAGCACAGACCCGUUCCUAAUGACCAAUUAGAGCUCAGUCGACCAUACAAGAAGAGCUAUAUAUAGUAAUACUGUGAACCUCUACACUGGCUGACCGCGUUGUGUUAGUAGUCAGAUACAGUACAACUAGUAAAAAAUAUUUGGGGGUACUGCCGUAAAUAACAUGAAACAAGAUAUUUCUGGUAUAAUUUCUGGUAAAGUACAAGGAAUUUUCAUUUAUUUUUGUACAGAGAUACCUUAGAAAUGAGACGAAAAUAAUAUGUUUAUGUGGCUUAAAAGCAAAUUAACAUAUCUUUUUAUAAAGAUAAAUUACAAAUUACGAUAUAGGAUUUUGAAUCACUUCAUUUAGAUAUGGUGCGACACAUGGACACAAAUUGUUCACUAGUGAACAGAAAUAAAUACCAUUACGUUUUA